UACAGCUAGUUUCAUUUCUCUCUCCUCUGGAGCCAUCCUGAAACUAUUUUCUUCCUUGAAGGCAUCUGGAGAGGAUCUCAAUGGCUGAGCUGCAGCCCCUAGUCAAUAACCUGACCUGCUUCAUCUGCCUGGAAAUCUUCCAGCAGCCUGUCGCUAUCCCCUGCGGUCACACCUUUUGCUCGCCCUGCCUGGAUAAGGCCUGGGCCAGCAAGGGUUCCUACUUGUACUGCCCCCAAUGCCGAGUACUCUUCCUGGAGAGGCCACGGCUGAGGAAGAACACGAUGCUGUGCACACUGGUGGAGCAGCUGCAGCAAGUGAAGAGCCGCUGGGAUUGGGGGCAGCCCCACAGUGCGUCCCAAGAUGGCGAGCCCUUGGACCUGCCGUCGGCGAAGGAUGAAGCGGCAGGAAUCGUGGCCUGUGACCACUGCUUCCAGGCUCCUGCGGCCAAGACGUGCUUUACCUGCAUGGCAUCCUUCUGCCAGGAGCACCUGCGUCCCCACCUGAACAACCCCACGUUUCACGGCCACGAGCUUCAGGCGCCCGUCGGGGACCUGGCCAGUCGCAAGUGCCCUGAGCACAGCCGCUUACGGGAAUUCUUUUGCUCUCAGCACGGCGUCUGCAUCUGUUGCAUCUGCCUGGUGGAGCACAAGACCUGCUCCCCGGUGGCCCUGGACGUGGCCACGACCGAGCUGAAGUCCAAGUUGAAGCAGAAGCUGACAACCGUAUAUGAUCACAUCAAUGAGGUUUCAAGUGCCUUGAGAGAUGCAAAGUCGAAACAACGUGCAGUCCAGGAAACAGCAGCUAGAAAGAUGGACUUGUUGAAACAUGAAUAUGAAGAAAUGAAAGUCCUCAUUGAAUCAGAGGAGAAGAGUGCUCUGAGGAAGCUGAAAGAGGAAGAAAAGAGAGUUUUAGAGAAAUAUGACCAUCAGGUCCUGCUCAAGAAAAAGGGGGAAAUUGAGUCUAUGAAAGAAGACAUUGAACUUUUGCUCAUGAAAAGUGAUGAAAUUGCCUUUUUGGAGAAAGCCUCGAAACUUGUCACCAAAGCUGUGAAUGUACCAGAGAAUGAAUUAAAUCUAGAGAUGAUCCACAGCGUUUUUCAAAAAGCCUUCUCCCUUAAAGAGAUUUUAAAGGAUAUAAUAAACAACCCUCAAGAGAAGAAAACAGACGAGGCAACUAUCUCAGAAGGCGACAAACCAGAGCCCAAGCUGCAAGGGCAGCAGCAGGAGAAAAGUGGGGUUACAGAUGAGAAGAAGCCUUUCUCCUCACCAGCUGCUCCUCCAGCUUCCGGUGCCAAGACCCUGCUGGACAGUGUGGAGAAGAUGAAGAACUCCCCAAGCCCACCAGCCCUCACAGACCCAGCUGGAGUAGCAAGUGCUGGGGUGCCUUCCCCACUGAAGCCAGGCAGACCACCCAUUGCCACAGGACAUUUUUUAUUUUCAGACAUUAUUUUCUCUGAAAUGUUUGACCUUUAAUUCCUUUAGAUGAAUGUUGUUAUGUAUGUAAUUCUAUAAAAUAAUCUUAGUGUAGUUAGUUUGAUAUGACAUUAAAUCUGUUAACUAAUUUAA